UAAAGGCUCUCUUAGUCACGGCAGUGCUUUAUUGCCAGCCUUCCUAUACUUCUUGAAUCUGGUUUCUAAAGUUUAUUUUCCAUUUCAAAGUAACCUAUUUUGCAUGUGAUUAAUGCCUUAAAUUGUUAAUGGCAUUCACAAAGCCCUGGUUAAACUGUGCUUUGUUUGAGCAAUAAUCUACAUUCAUUAGUGAAAGGUUCAGCUUUCAACUGCAGGGUUCCUAUUUUUUGUUCAUUUUUCAAGAAAGAAGAUGCUACCCACAGCUCAGUGGAAAACUGAGUUAUCUCAGUGGAAAACUGGCAUUACCUCUAUUAUGAAACACAUGGUUUAAAAGUAUUGUUUGGCCUAGUUGAGAUUGACGAAUGCAAUCUGGUUCCUGCAAAUGCAAGUAUGUUAUUGCUGAAAGGGAGGGGGUUGAAAUGCUGACUGAGCUAAAUGUGUUGACCUCACACUGUUGGUUCAUGUCAGAAAGUAAUGGAUUAGAUGAUGACACAGUGAAUCUCACAUUGUGGUGGAAAUAAAUCAUUCUUGUUAAAAAACGUAAUGUAAUCACUGGCUAACGCUACUAAAACUAUUAUUUUUGUGAAGGGAAACUUGGAUCUGCUAGUUACUCUAUAAACUCAUGAAAAUAAUGUUUCUCUAAGCUUAUUUCCAUUCCACUCUGGUCUCCCUUGGUGUUGGCGAGAAAGAAAGCCACCACAUGUCAAGCCUUUGUUUAGGACUGGGCCGUGUUCCAAAGUUGAGUCUGAGAUGAAGUUUCAUCUUUGAGGAUAAGAAGAGAAAGCUGAACCUUGACCUCAUUCAGACUGCCUUCCAUUGGCUCCGGAGAAGUUGGGCUGAAUCAUCCUGAUUCAAGAGGCUGUGCAUUACAGUCAAGAUACGUACAGCAACAAGCUAUGGAGCGGAACCUCUUGCUUGAGUGGAUCAUGGUCGAGGUACAUUUAAGGACAUUUGACGACUAGGCUCCACCAAAUCCUGAUUCCUAUUCCUCUCGUGCCAGCGGCAGGCUGAGAUAAAGAGGGGAUCGAUGGCCAAGCCCCUCUACAGACUGCAGCGUUUCCUCCGGAGGGCCCAGCUGUUCCUGCUCUUCCUGGGUGUGGCCUACAUCAUGGCCGGGAGCGUUCUGCUACUCCAACGGGCCAACCUGGUGGUGACCCAGCGAGGGGCCACCAGCCCUCCACUGUCCUCCCUGCCCUCCUUACCCUCACCACCCUGGGCCCUGGGGAUGCCACCCGUGAGGGUAGGAGGCUACGGGGGCAGGAGUUCACAGAUCAUGUCCAGGGGACAGGGGUACAAGCCUGGGAGCCCGUUGGAUGACAGGACUGGAACACGAUGGCUCAUGUCGAGGAAUCUGGAGAUCCGACACCUGCGGCGGCGCUGGUUCCACAGCCUGAUGACGGAGAAGGAUAUGUCACAGGUGGAGAGGAGCACCCCCAGGAGGAAUGUGCCUCAAAAAGGUUCUUACAUGGGCUGCUUCCUGGACAAUUCCAAGGAGCGGGCUUUGAGAGGGUCUGUAUCCACUGAUUUCCGCAAAAUGACCAGCACCCUGUGCCAGGAUACCUGCUCAGCGAGUGGCUACCAGUUUGCUGGUCUGGAGUACGGGUCGGAGUGUUACUGUGGCAACCACAUCACCAGCCUGCGUGUGAGAGACGAGGAGUGUAACUUGGACUGUAAAGGGGAGAAAGGCUCCCCCUGUGGAGGUGUUGGGCGCCUGUCAGUGUUCACGGUGGAGGAUGUGCUUCCAGGUCAGAGGAGAUACAGGAACGUGCGCUACCGCGGCUGCUUCAGGGAGCCUGAGAACAGCUCCUCUACAUCUCUGGUCCAUGUGCUCCAGCCCAACCUCACCUCCCAGUCCUGCAUAGAGGCCUGCAUUAACAAGGAGUUUCCACUGGCUAUGCUGAGGAGUCCGGACUGUUUCUGUGGUUACGCUACUCCUGACUUCACUCUCCAUGAGCCGGCUGAGGAGGAGCACUGUUCACAGAGCAACACCACUGAGGAGGAGCACUGUUCACAGAGCAACACCACUGAGGCCUCCUUACCAUCAACCCUCCAGGGCUUCUACCAGGUCUACCAGACACCUGUCCAAGAUUCCAGAUGCACAGAGAGGAAGUUCCUACCGGAGAAGUCCAGUUCAUUGGUAGCGCUCUCUAGCUUCCCAGGAGCAGGCAACACCUGGGUUAGACACCUCAUAGAGUUGGCCACAGGAUACUACACAGGCAGCUACUACUUUGAUGGAACCCUUUACAACAGAGGCUUCAAAGGUGAGAAGGAUUACUGGAAGAGUGGUCGGACCAUCUGUGUGAAAACACAUGAGAGUGGGAGGAGAGAGAUAGAGAUGUAUGACUCUGUCAUCCUGCUGAUCAGGAGCCCGUACCGUUCCCUCAUGGCUGAGUUCAACAGGAAGUGUGCAGGACAUCUGGGAUACGCCUCUGAUCAGCACUGGAAGACCAAAGAGUGGCCUGAGUUUGUAGGCAGCUACGCCUCCUGGUGGGCGUCGCACGUACUGGACUGGCUGCGGUUCGGCCGGCGUGUCCUAGUGGUCCACUUUGAGGAACUCCAGACAGCGCUGGUGCCCAAGCUACGAUCCAUCACCUCCUUCCUCAACGCCACAGUGACCGAGGACAGACUGCUUUGUGCCGAGAGCAACCAGGAUGGACACUUCAAACGCUCCGGGGCCCGGCAGCCCACCUUCGACCCCUUCACACCCGACAUGAGAGGACUGAUAGAUGGACUGAUCCGUGCGGUGGACCAGGCUCUCCGGGACAGCAAUCACACAGGCCUUCCACUGGAGUACCUGCCCAGAUGAUGGACAGCUAAACUCUGAUAACCCUGAUCUCCACCUCGUCCACUACCCUGUCCCUCCUCGGUUUACACUGCCUUUUAGCUGUGGUGGCACAGAUGGAUGGGUACCCCCUAUUCAACCCAAGAGAAAGUGGUUCAUAUCAGGAGCGGGCCCUGCAAAGGAAACAUAGUCAUAUACACAGAGGCUAUUCUCACAGAACACUUUCUAUGUUUUAGAAGCACUGGUUUAUCAAAGAACUGUCUUUCUGUUUUAGAAGUGUUAGGCUUUUUGGGACAUUUCCUUAUUGGGGGUGAACUUAUAAGUGUACCAAACAAUGGAAACGGUUUCCUCUGUUUUAAAUCAACUCUAAAUAAACUGUACAUCCUAUAAGAACUAUAGGCUACAUCCUGUGGUUCAACCCACUUUUGAAUUUUGUUAUUGUGAUUAAAAUAUAAAAACUGUAUACAGUAUAUUGGAUUACAACAUAAUAAAGUGAUAUUUAAAAUA